UUUAUCCUUUUUUCUUUUUUGAAUUGCCAAGUAACUUUUACUGUACAAUUAUUAUUGACAUUGUCUUAGAAAUAUUUCCUAUACAAAUUAUUCCAUUAGUUGAAAAGAUGCAACUGUGACAGCUGGUUGUUUUGGUAUGUAAAAUUUCCUACAUCUCCAAAUCCAAUCGUCUAUAAAUUAAACACACACACACCCAUUCUAAUCAACUUCCACAAGUUCGCUCUUUUUCUCACUUUACAUUCUCCACUCCAUAGCUCCAGCUGCUGCCACCAGCCCACUACUAUGACUUCCUCUAAGAACGAAGUUCACCAACCAUUUCUAGAAAACAACGGGGCAUCAGCUUUAUCACCGUCUACAGAGCAAAACCAUGAAUCCAGUAGUGAGCUAGAGACGGUACUCUUGGACACUUCAUUACCUCCCUGGAGUCGCCUGCGACUUGCCACGUGGAUCGAAACGAAACUCCUCUUCUUCCUUGCUGCUCCUGCUGUAAUGGUUUACAUGAUUAACUAUCUUAUGUCCAUGUCUACGCAAAUCUUCUCUGGUCACCUUGGUAAUCUUGAACUUGCAGCUGCUUCUCUUGGUAACACUGGCAUUCAAAUCUUCGCCUAUGGCCUCUUGUUGGGGAUGGGAAGCGCAGUUGAAACACUAUGUGGUCAGGCAUAUGGAGCAAGGAAAUACGAUAUGUUAGGAGUAUAUCUUCAAAGAUCAACAAUUCUUCUCACUCUAACAGGGGUGUUACUAACUUUAGUCUACGUUUUCUGCAAACCAAUUCUAAUAUUUCUAGGCGAAUCACCAGAAAUUGCAUCAGCAGCAGCCUUAUUUGUAUAUGGUUUAAUACCACAAAUUUUCGCCUACGCUGUGAAUUUCCCAAUCCAGAAAUUCCUUCAAGCGCAGAGCAUUGUGUUACCAAGUGCCUACAUUUCUGCUGCGACUUUGGUGUUGCAUUUAGUGAUCAGUUGGGUUGCAGUUUUCAAGAUUGGGCUCGGGUUAUUAGGGGCGUCGUUAGUAUUGAGUUUGUCGUGGUGGAUCAUAGUGAUAGCUCAAUUUGUAUAUAUUUUGAAGAGCGAGAAAUGUAAGCAAACUUGGAAUGGGUUCAGUUUGAAGGCAUUUUCUGGGUUGUACGGAUUCUUCAAGUUAUCAGCAGCUUCAGCGGUGAUGCUAUGCUUAGAGACAUGGUAUUUUCAGGUUCUUGUUCUUUUAGCUGGUCUUCUUGAAAAUCCAGAAUUAGCUUUGGAUUCACUUUCUAUUUGCAUGACAAUUUCUGGUUGGGUUUUCAUGAUAUCAGUUGGACUCAAUGCAGCAGCAAGUGUGAGAGUGAGCAAUGAAUUAGGGGCAGGGCAUCCCAAAUCAGCAGCAUUUUCUGUUAUAGUAGUCACAGCAUGCGCUUGUAUUAUCUCUGUGAUUGCUGCAAUCACUAUUCUUGAAUUUCGUCACGUCAUUAGCUAUGCCUUCACUGGAGGAGAAGUUGUGGCUGAAGCUGUCUCAGAUCUCUGUCCUCUGCUUGCUCUCACCCUUCUACUUAAUGGAAUUCAGCCUGUCUUAUCUGGUGUGGCUGUUGGGUGUGGAUGGCAAACGUUUGUGGCUUAUGUUAACGUGGGCUGCUAUUAUAUUGUGGGAGUCCCGUUGGGUUCUCUUCUUGGAUUUUACUUCAAAUUGGGUGGGUAUCUGGUCAGGAAUGAUGGGCGGUACACUUAUGCAAACAAUUAUUUUGGUAUGGGUCACCUUUCGAACUGAUUGGAACAAAGAGGUUGAAGCAGCUCAAGGGAGGUUGAAUAAGUGGGAAGACAAUAAAGAACAAGUUCCAAAGGAGUAGGAGAAGCUUUAAUGUAAGGUUACAUUUGCAAAAAAAAGUGACCAAAUAGGAGACAUUUUUUCAAUGAUUAUCAUGUUUUAAAUUUGCCACGAGAAAUUGUUAAAUGACUUAAGUCGUAGAUGAUAGUUAUCUCAAUUGGCUAAACCAUUUCAAAAUGAAAUGUUCCUUCUACAA